CCGCUCUCAUGAUGGCAAAGAUUCGCACGACGACCGCAAGCACAUGGUCUUGGGGGCAUGAGGCCGUCGGAAUGGCCACGGUCGAUGCCACGUUCGUGACUGUAGUGCGUCGCCGCGGUGGUUUCCGCCCGAGCACACAAUGCGCGUUCGAUUGGUGCCCGCUGUAACUGCAACGUCGCUGAUGCGUCGUCUUUUCGAACAUCACGACCAGUGGACACGAUGGUGCUGCCACCGACGAAUGCAUGGACGGCUGUAGCCGCCUUCAUUGGAUGCGUCCACGGUCAAGCUGUUGCAUCCGUGGUCGCCGCCAUGCCAAAGAGAGCAGUGACCACGUGCUCGAGCCUCCAUGGUCCCCAUUGUUUUGCACUCAACGAGCGCAACGUCCCAUCGUACCUGCUGCAUGGCGUGGAAUUUGAACCCAAUGCCAUGGACGGCCACCUUCGCCAGGCGAUUCCGCGGAUUGAAUUGCCGCCUACGUCCAAGAAACUGGCGGCACACGGAUUUGCCGACGAUGUGCUCUUUGGCGGGGUCUCGAUUCAAACACUACAGCGGGAAGACGCCCACAACGCGCUGCAAGCGACGGCACAUGCACUCAAGGAAUGGAUGCAGCGGCAGCCGGGGUACUCCGAGAGCAUGCUGCACACAGCGAUCAAGGUGGCUGCCAAGAAAAUCGACGCACUCCUUCCGCCGUCGUCGCAGCCAUCGAGUGCAGCCCCGCUCUCGACGGAAGCCAUGACAGAUCCACUGCAACCGCAUGACCAUGUCGAAUCGUCAGUGGGCUUGCCAGUUCCGGCGAGCAACGACCCCACAGACUCGGUGGCCACGGGAGACGAAUUCUCGGAGGACGACGUACUCGCGUUCAUGUUUCUUUCCCGUGAAGAGAAGCACUUGCUUCUCGAAUUCGAUACGGCGCGUACUCGCCGACUCAUAAAGGCGCAAGGGCGGCUCUUGCGGGGCAAGACGAAAUCCGGACCGUCGGGACAUGCCUCGGACACCGAAGACGGCAACGUCGUCCGCACCACGCCACGGCUCGUCGACAAGGCUUUGCAAGAAGCGACGGACGCGCUCAAGCAGCGCGUGCAAGACCUGAAAGCGCAGCAGACCACGGCGACCGACUCGCGGAUCGACACGUCGCCGUAGCACCUUCCAUGUCAUUUGUCUUGUGCUCGAAGGUAGGGCAAGUGACGGAUGCAUAUGCCUGAAACGAAGCAAGUGUGGAUGUGUGACCGUGCUCUCACUGCCGAUGGAUGGUCCACGGCGGUAAACUCUGCAUCCGUUCAAAAUCGCUGCAUGCUUGCCUGACAAUCGUCAUCUUCGACGCCUCAUCGA